AUGGCUUCUUCCUCGCGCGCUCCCGCAGGCCCAGGCCCACAACGCCCUCCACUUCCACCUCUGACUCCCCUCGGAAUGCAGUCCACGUCUAUUCUCGCAUCUCCAAGACUCUACACCAGCCCCUCCACCUUCUUCCCCCCCACGCAGAUGGUGGCCCCCAAGCGAAAGCUCUCUCCAAGCUUCCAAGAUUUGAGCAGUUCAUCUCGGACUGCUCGUCCGAGGAUCGAGGAAAGCACUGGCCUCACGCCCACCAAGAUCCUCAAGCAGUUGUCGGGCAACGAGCGUCUUACCGAUGAUGUUCUCAACUUGAUCUGUCAAGUCAUUCGAACCAAGUGCGACACCUCCAACGGUCGCGCCCUGGUCUUGCAUCCGCUGUGGUUAUUUGACAAUGACCACUCUCCCAAGCUUCCGCGGGAGAUCCGUCAACUCAGAGACGAUCGCUGGCUCUGUUUCCCUAUUCAUCACGACGGGGAUCACUGA